AUGGUAAGUUGUUUAGUUCCUAAAAUUAAAAGAGGGUGUUGUUAUAUGCCUGAAGAAAAUUAUUCUAUCAAUUUGAAGUAUAAUAAUGCAAAAAAUCACGACAUGAGAAGAAACAGCAGUUUUAGGAAUUAUGAAUUAUCGAAUGUAUAUUCUGAAUUAUUUAGUAAAAUAGGUGGUAAAAAUGGUAAAAAUAUUAUACCUUUCUUAUGUGGUAGUUCAGUUGAGAAAAAAAAAAAAAAAAAAAAAAAAAAAAAGAGUAAACUGAUAGUGCCGUAUGAAAAAAAGUGUAAUACAAUACCCUGUUAUGAUAAAUAUAUAUGUGGUAGUGUUAAAAAGGGAACAAGAAAGAGUGAAAAUAAAAAAUUAAAAGAUUUUGAUUUACCUAAGAAAGAAGAUACUUAUGAUAUGCAGAACAACAAAUGUAAUAGUAACAUUUACGUUAAAACACCUAAACAUUAUAUAAAAUAUGAAAUGAACAAUAAGAAGUAUGAGAGAGAUAUACAUGAGGAAGUUAAUGGAAAUGUCCUUGAAGGGGGAAGCAGAUACAAGAACGAAUGUACAAUAGACAAUGAUGAUAUUAAAAAAAGAAGAAAAAAAAAAACAAAAAAAGAAAACACUAGUACAGUUUAUGAUAGUUAUAGUGUAGAAUCUGAUGAUGAGUAUCAUAUGGAGAAAAUGAAGCAAGAAGAAUAUAUUAACAAAAUAAAAAUGAAAUUUCCUAAAAAUGAUGUUUUGAGUAAAGGAAUACAUGCGCAAAAAGUAGGUGAGGGAAAAUUAUUGGAUUUAUCUAAAGAUAAAAACACUACGAAUGAAGAAGAAAAUUUUGAAUUUUUAAUAAACACUAAAAUUAUUAAAGAACAAAAUAAGGAUGUAAAUGAAAAAUCCAAAAAAUCUUCAAAUGAUAUUUUAUUUAGAGGAAAUAUAUAUAGAAUUGAACAUAUAAAUCGAGUAAGCAAAAAGGGAAAAACUAGUGGUGCAAAAACUGAAAAUAAAGAAAAAAUAAAUAAAAAGAAAGCAACUCAUUGUAAAGCUGGAACAUUUGACACUGCACAAGGAGGGGACAAAAAUAACAUAACAGGAGAAAAAGAAAUUGAAAAAAAAAAAAAAAAAAAAAUUUGUGAACAAAAUUAUUUUAAUAUAGACGGUAAAAAAUAUACAGAUAAAUAUUCCUCCUCUAAGGAAAGUUCUUUAUACGAAUUUUCUUUAUUAGGUGAAAUGGACAUAAAUUUUGAAUUCAGUAGUACUGAAAACGGGAAAUUGUUACCUAGCAGUAAUUCUAAAAAUGCACCAGUUCAUGAAAAUAAAGCGAAAGAUGAUAAGGACACAGUAGGGAAAAGCAUCGACGUAGGUGUAAGGGACAUAAAGCAAGAUAAGGAUAACACAUAUAGUUCUAGAGCCGAUCCAAAAGGUAAUAAUUGCUCACAUUUAGGUAAUGUCAAUUAUAAUGAAAUUAGAAGAAGAAAGAAUUUAACUGAAGUUAAGUGCACUAAAUGGGGAAAGGGUCAAGUGAAAAAUAGCGGGACCGAUACAGAACAUAGCUGUAAAAAUGGUGAAGGUCCCUUUGCGCUGAGUAUUAAAAAAAGAAGUGAAGAAAUGAUAAGAAAUGCACUUUACAGGGAAAAAAAUUAUGAACAUGUUAAUGCAAAUCAAAUGGAAAAUAGUGAAGGUAAUAAUAACACUUUUAAGAAGAACAUUAUUAAAGAUGAUAACAAAAUGAAUGGUAUUUUAAUACAAGGAGAAAAGAUGGACAAUAAAAACGUUUGCGUAAAGACAAGAACAAAAAAGGUAUCAGAAAAAGAUAAAGAAAGUAUAGAUAUAUAUAAUGAAGAUACAGCAAUAAAGGAAGAAAAGGAAAAAAAAAAAAAAAAAAAAAAAAAAAUAAUCGAUAAAUUGGAUGGCGCAUAUACGAUUAGAGAAAAAAGUGGUAAAUGCGUUCAGACUAUACAGAGAAAAAAAAUAAUACCAACUAAUGAAGAGAAUGCUGAACCAAGUAGUUAUACCCAUGAUGUGUGUAAUAGUUCUAAUGAAAACGAAAGCACAGUAACAAGUAAACUAAGAAAUAACGAACUAAGUGGAAAUAUAUCUAGGGUAGAGUCUGCUGAUAACACGAAUUAUGAUAAAAAAGCAAGCAAUUUAAAUUUGGACAACCUUUUAGAAUUAAUUAAAAUGAGAAAGGUGGAAAUGGACUGUUACCAAAAGUCUGAACAGGUUAAUCAAGUUAGUGUUAAUUAUAUGAAGAAGCAGGAUAAAAUAAACUGUAGAGACGGGACAAAGAAAAAGGAUAACAUAUACACGAUAAGAGAUUGUAACGGAAGAUUAAUAAAUAAUGAUAAGCAAAACGAAGGAAGUGUUCAUAUUGCACACAUAAGAAGAAUCGAAACAGACUAUGAUGAAUGUAGAAGUAAAUAUAGUGCACGUAUGAUGAUUACCCAUGAUAAUAAAGACAAAAUAAUGCCCAUGCCCCAUUACUCUUCUAAUUGUCGUACGACUUAUCACAAUUCAUCAAAUAGUGAGAUAGCCGGAAAGGGUGAAAAUAAUGGCAGCUUAAAUGAUAGUAAAGAGGAAAAUAUUAAGGUUGAUAUUCCAUAUGAACAGACAUCAAGAUUAGGAAAAGAAUUACAUAGGGGAAAAAUGAACAAGGACGAACUCUGCAUGGAUCGGGAUUCUACGUAUUCAGAAGGAGAUGAAGAAAUGAAUGCACUCACAUUAUUGGUGAAUAUAAAAAGUGAGGAGAACGAAAAAUUAAAAACAUUCUUGCAGUUACAAGAAAAUGAAAUUAGUUUCCUUCGAGAAAAAUUACAGCUCUCUUGUAAUAAAACAAAAGAUAAAGGAAAAAAUUGGGAAAAUACGACUCUUUAUAAGAAUUUAAUAAAAGCAAAACCAUCUACGUUUUUAGAAAUAAUUUUAAAAAACAAUCAAGCAGAAAUUAAAAAUAGCAAUCCUGGAAAUUAUGAAGGUGCAUUAAAAGAGAACGAAGACAAUAAAUGUACUACGUCUAGGAGCACUUGUGACCCUGGAAUUUAUGAUAUUAAAGAAAGUGGUGAAGAGCGUAAAAGCGGUGAAAUGGAUAAAAUUUGUAAAAGCGGUGAAAUGGAUAAAAUUUGCAAAAGCGGUGAAAUGGAUAAAAUUUGUAAAAGCGGUGAAAUGGAUAAAAUUCGUAAAAGCGGUGAAAUGGAUAAAAUUUGUAAAAGCGGUGAAAUGGAUAAAAUUUGUAAAAGCGGUGAAAGCUAUGAAAGUGCUUCCUCACGUUUGCACUGUCGACAUGAUAAAGUAAUCAGAUGUAGAACCCAAGAUAUGAAUAUUUUUAAUGAGAAUAAAAAUGACUCCAUAGAUAUACAACUUAACAUAGGGAAGAACCAAGUGCUCAAUGCAGAAAAAUAUGAAAACAUUAGAAUAUGUAGUGGGGAAGACUGUUCCUGGAGUUGCUAUAUUCAUGAUCGAAAAGAUUUAGGUACAUCUAUAAUUGAUAAAAAGGGAGAAAAGUGUUACAUGCAAAAAAUAAAAGCCGCAUCCGUCUCUCCAUAUAGACACAUAAGAAAAGAAGCGAUAAGAAAGAGUACCAGACCAUUCACAGUGUACUCAAAAAGUGGUAGCAAUAGGGGUAAUAGCCGUUGUAAUAUUAGUGGUAAUGAUGGUAUAAAUUUUAAUAACAAAGGUGAGAUAGACGAACCUAAAAUACAUUGUGGAAAUAAUAAUACAAAAAUAAAGGCUAACUUAAACAAAGUUAGUUCAUGUUUUACAAGAAGGAACAUACAAUGUGCAAACUGUAGUCAUGUAUCUUGCUUUAGGACAUGUCCUUACAAUAAGUUAAAAGCAAUAGAUUUUGGUGAGUUCAAUUCUAAUGAUAGCAAAUGCAUACACAACAAACAUGAUAAUAAAAUGUCGAGUGGGAGAUGUAAAUCUAAUAUUAUAAGUGUUAGAUGUUAUCCUAAGAAUAGAAAAAUUAUGACCAGGUCACGUAAAAAUUGUUCUUGUUCCCCGAGAAAAAAUCUUAGUAUAAAAAAGGAAAAUUGUACUUGCAGUCGCAAUCGCAGUUGCAGAAAUGAAAGUAUAUUUACAAAACUUUUUUCAUAUAUAAAAAAGAACAGUCUUUGCAAUGAAAAAAAAUAUAAAAAUUGUUUAAGAAGAAAUAAAUCAACAAGCUCAAUUCAACUCACGAACAACAGAGAAUUUCUUAAUCGCAGUUGGAACAGAUCACGUUCCUCUGCAUGCUUUAUAGAUAUUCAUCCAACCAAAUUUCAAAAAAGGAGUUAUAUUAAUAUUUGCUCUAAUAGAAACAACUUAUGUAGCAAAAUAAAUUGUACUAAUAACAGAUGUCUUAAUACAAUAGGAGAAGCUGAUGCCAAUGAUAUACCUAACGUACAAAGGUUACACGCAAGUGACAAAGAUGGAAAUAAAUAUGUAAUGGACAAGGAGAGAGAAACUAAAGAGAAUGCAAAAGAGCAGGUUACAAAGAAUCUACCUACAAAUGAUGGAUUAGCAAAAAACGGGGUUGUUAAAAAUAGUUCUAUAAUAAAUGGAAGAAUCAUAAAAAGGAACUGUAGAUAUUUACUAAAAAACAAUGUUCAUAAUAGCCAUAUUUGGUCAACUACUAUUCCAUUUGAAGACUUAAAUAAUUUAAAAAAUGAUGAAAUCGAAUAUACUGGUAAUUGUGAAGCAAGGGAUAAUAGUAACACAUUAUUACCAAACAAAAAUGGCAAAGAGAUAAAGGGAUAUUCUAACCUAUUAAUGGGAAAUAAAAAAUUGGAAGCAAAAGAUAACUUUAUAAAAAAGGAAGAAAUUGGAAGUAACAAUAUGAGCGUCAAAUAUAAUAAUCGUGUAAUAAAUUAUUCUUUGAAGAAAUGCUCUAAAGAUAAUACUACUGAGAAUGGAAAUAUGGUGAUAAUAAAUAACGAUUUGGAUAAUAUAAAAAGGAGAAAGAAAAAAAAAGUAAAUCGAAAAAAAAUGUUAAACGGUAAAGAACGAGUAAAAGAAAUAAGCAAGAAUAAUAAAAUUUCACAAAAGGGUAGUACUCAAAUGGACAUUAUCCAAAUGGAUACUACUCAAAUGGAUACUGCUCGAAUGGAUACUGCUCGAAUGGAUAAAAACAAACUUCUAAUAGACUACUCCAUCAAUACAUGUAAAAAAGAGAGUCCGAGGGACACAGCUAGCCAAAAUGUUGAAGUACUUUAUAAAAAAAAUCACAAACAAACUAAUAAGAACAAAAAAAAAAUAUAUCAUGUUUGUAAUUCAAUGAAGACAAAUAAAACUUGUAAAAUAUUUCUUGUAGCAAAGGGAAAUAAAGAUAAGCACGUGGAGAAUAAAUAUACUAGCUAUUUAAAAAAAGGUGCUGACAUGUUCAUAAAAAAUGAAAGCACAACGGACGUGGAAUGUGUAGACAAGAAAAAUGAAAUAAGUGGGAAAAAAAAAAAUAAUCUUAGCUAUACUGAUAAACAAAAUGAUUAUGCAGCCAAUGCAACGACUUCUAACAGCAUCCAAACAGACAUAAUCGAUGAUUAUUCUACUUGCUCAAAUGAAGAUAUGUAUUUGUGGAAGAAAAAAGAAAAUUACGAAAAGAAGAAAAAAAGGAAUCUCAAAUCUCAACAAUUUAAAAUUCUUAAUUUAAAUGAGCAAAUUAAAAAUAAAUGUUUUAAUGUUCACUUAAUAAAUUCAAAUAUGCACCUAAAUAGUCCAACUAAAAAUAUAGUUAAAAAAAUAAUAUUAAAUUGUAAAAGCAUUAAUUUGGAUAAAAAAAAAAAAAAUGAACAAAGGAAAGAAAGAAAUGGAUAA